UCCUUCACCUGCUCUUCCUCCUCCUCCUCCUCCUCCUCUCGCCACAGGGGCUCGCAGAGGUGGCCAAGCCCAUGCCGUGAGGCCGCUCGGACCCUUGUGGCUGUGGCUGAGCCCAUGGAUUCGGCCCGGGACUGGUAGGAGCUACAGCACUGAGGGGUCAGAGGCCGGUGCCGGAGAGGAGAGAAGGUCAGGACAGGGCAGAGGGAGCCAUCCCGGAGCCAUGCCGCUGCAGACGGAGAUCCUGCGGGAGGUCUGGGCUGCCGACAGUCCCAGCGAGGAGCCGGGGAGCCCCCAGCAGCACAAGCCCAAGCAGGGGCAGAAGCUGAAGAAGAAGCGGCAGGAGCCUGUGCCGGAGCCUGAGGUGAAGCCCCGGCGGCUGCGGGUGAAGAAGCCGGGUGAGGCGGGGGCUGCGGAGGACGCCGGUGCCCCGGCCCAGGGGGUGAAGAAGCUGAGGAAGAAGAAGGAGGAGAAGGAGGAGGAGGAGAGCGACAAGGACCCCUACUCCAAAGUCACCCGGGAGCCUCGGAAGAAGAAGGAGAGCCCGGCCGCCCGCUCCCGCGUGGCCAAGGGCCCCAAGAAGCAGCAAGAGCCAGCUGAGGACUCGGAGGAUGAAGAGGAGGAAGAGGAGGUGGAGAAUAAAGACCCGCCAAAAAAGCUCAAGAAGAAACUGCCCAAAGAGCCCCGCUCGGGUGAGAGCCGGGAGAAGAAGCUGAAGCCGAAGGGAGACAGGAGCGACCCUGACAGCAAAGCCAAAUCUGCCAAAAGCACCAAGAAGGAGCCCAUGUCCAUGUUCCAGGUGAACGGAGAGAAGAAGGAGAAGAAAAGCAAGAAGAAAGCCGCCACUGGCAGCGAUGAGGAGGACGAUUCCGACUCCAGCACCAAACCCAUCAGGUCAGAGAAGAAGAAAAACCCGGCAUCUCUCUUCCAGACUGGCGGGGACCCCCCCAAGGAGAAGAAAACCAAAAAGAAAGCUCCUCCCAAAGCAGCCGAGAGCGAGGAGGAGACCCCAGAGACCCCGCAGAAAAACUCCAACAAGAAGGGGAAAGGGAAGAAAUCAAAGAAGACAAAGGAGGAAAGGCCCCCGUCGCCCGUCAUCGAGGUGGACAACCUGGAGGAGUUUGUGCUGCGGCCGGCGCCGCAGGGGGUGACCGUCAAGUGCCGGGUGACGCGGGACAAGAAGGGGAUGGACCGGGGGCUUUACCCCACCUAUUACCUCCACUUGGAUAAUGACAAGAAGGUGUUCCUCCUCGCCGGGAGGAAGCGUAAGAAGAGCAAAACCUCCAACUACCUCAUCUCCAUCGACCCCACCGACCUGUCACGGGGGGGAGAGAACUUCAUCGGGAAGCUGAGAUCCAACCUGAUGGGUACAAAGUUCACGGUGUUCGACAACGGCGCGAACCCCGACAGGGCCAACGCUGACUGGUCCAACGUGCGGCAGGAGCUCUCGGCCGUGGUCUACGAGACCAACGUUUUAGGGUUCAAAGGCCCCCGGAAGAUGACGGUCAUCAUCCCCGGGAUGAAUGCCGACAGCGAGAGGGUGCCCAUCCGGCCCCGAAAUGAUAACGACGGCCUCCUGAUGCGAUGGCAGAACAGAAACAUGGACAACGUGAUUGAGCUGCACAACAAGGCGCCGGUGUGGAACGACGAGACCCAGUCCUACGUCCUCAAUUUCCACGGCCGGGUCACCCACGCCUCCGUCAAAAACUUCCAGAUCGUGCACGGCAGCGACCCCGACUACAUCGUGAUGCAGUUCGGGCGCGUGGCGGACGACGCUUUCACCAUGGACUACAACUACCCGCUCUGUGCCGUGCAGGCCUUCGCCAUCGCCCUCUCCAGCUUCGACGGGAAGCUGGCCUGCGAGUAGCACCCGUGCCGGGGCCGCACGCUGGGGCUGUGCGCCGGUGCCCGGUGGAUGCUCCCGCGUCCCCGUCCUGCUCCUGCAUCCCCAUCCUAUCCCUCUGUUUCCACCUCCUGCCCGGUGAACGCUCACAGUUACAGCCGCUCCUGGGGUGGCUCGAGGUGCACGGUGCCCACAGAGUGCCGUGGGACGCUCAUCCAGCCACGGCCACCCUCUCCGGGC